CCCAUCAUCGCCAUCGAGGCGAGCGAAUCGGAAAUGGCCGAUGCAGACGACGUGGCAGCCGCCGAGAUCUCGCAGCGGUUCCUGUCGAGGCCCACCGCCAAGGACAGGAUCCUGCUUGACGUGUAUGAGACGCCCGAUACGCGCUUCCAGCCCGUGUGCGAGCAUCUGACCCUCGACGAGUGCGCAGCGGCCAGGCCAGGCGAGACAGAGACCUGCGAGAUGAUCCACUUUGAAGUUAUCCAACACCCGCACACGGAGCCGUCCAUGGGUCACUGCAGCUUCCUCAACACCUGCCACAAGGGCAGCAAGUGCAAAUUCAUGCACUUUCGCCCCGUCCGCCACCCGCGCGCCAAGCCAUUCGAAUGGAAGACCAUCUACGCCGACGACCCUUUCCCCAAGCGCACCCGGGGUCCGGGCAUUAGCAGCGGCGGCGGUGGCAGCAGCAACCAGCAGCCGCAGCAGCAGCAGCAGCACGUCGAGAGCAUCCUCGGCGACUCGCAGCUGCAGCUCGAGGGCGACGAGCGGCUCUACGUCGAGGCCCUCGUCCGGCACCCUGCGCGGUCCCUCUUCAACCGCGGCCUCAGAGCCUGGACGCGUGGCGCCGGGGAGGCCACGGGCGAGCUGCCUCGGCCACAGGCGAUCAAGGCCGACCUGUCGCGCUUCGACCUCUCCAUGCUUGGAAAAUUCGACGUCGUCAUGGCCGAUCCUCCCUGGGACAUCCACAUGAGCCUGCCCUUUGGAACGGUGCCCGAUGCGAUGGUGCGCGCGCUGCCGAUCCCCCAGCUGCAGGACGAGGGCCUCCUGUUCCUCUGGGUCACUGGACGCGCGCUGGAGCUCGGCAGGGAGCUUCUUGCCCAGUGGGGCUACACACGUGUCGACGAGAUCGUCUGGGUCAAGCUCGGCCAGACGCAGAGGCUCAUCCGCACUGGCAUGACUGGCCACUGGCUAAACCACACCAAGGAGCACUGCCUCGUGGGUGCAAAGACCAAGUCGGACAGCGUCGCAAAGGAGCAGCUCGUCUCGCCGCUCCAGCACCUCGCCACGACGUACGCGGGCUCGCACGCCGCCGGGACGCCCGCUCCCGUCCCAGCCUGGAUCCACCGGGGCAUGGACUCGGACGUCGUCGUGACCGAGGUCCGCGACACAUCCUGGAAGCCAGACGAGCUCUACUCGAUCAUCGAGCGCCUGUGCCCGCUCGGACGCAAGGUCGAGCUCUUCGGCAGGCAGCACAACACCCGUCCCGGCUGGACCACGAUUGGUGACCAGCUCAAGGCCGACGUCAUCCACGACGCCGAGCUCCAGCGCAAGCUGGACCGAUGGAGGCGCGCCAGCUGACGUUGCUACUACCACUGUAUAUCACACACACACUGAAAACACACUGUAAUAUAUCG